GGGUCGCGCAGCGCCAUGUCGCGGGUCGUGCAGAAGAAGAACCACUGGUCCAGCCGGGUGCGGCAGUGCGCGCUGACCCGCGGGCCCGGCGGACAGCUGGGCUUCGCGCUGCUCGGCGGCGCGGAGCACGGCGAGUUCCCCUACGCGGGCGCGGCGGCGGCGGGGGACGGCGAGGCGGCGCUGAGCGAGGGGGAGCUGCUGCUGGAGGUGCAGGGGGUCCGCGUCUCGGGGCUGCCGCGCUACGACGUGCUGGAGGUGAUCCGGAGCUGCAAGGACCCCAUCGUGGUGAAAGCCGUCCGACAAGGAAGCAGACUGAACAAAGAUCUGCGACAUUAUCUCAACCAGAGGUUUCAGAAAGGAUCGCCGGAUCACGACUUGCAGCAGACUAUUAGAGACAACCUUUAUCGCCAUGCUGUGCCUUGCACAACCCGCCCUCCAAGAGAAGGAGAAGUGCCUGGUGUGGACUAUAACUUUCUGACUGUGGAGGAAUUUCUGGAGUUGGAGCGAAGUGGGACCCUUUUGGAAGUAGGAACUUAUGAAGGUAACUAUUAUGGAACGCCCAAGCCUCCCAGCCAGCCCCUCAGUGGGAAAGUGACUUCCACCGAUGCUUUGCAAAACCUGCAGUCUGGCUCCAAGCAGUCGACUCCAAAGCGAACCAAGUCUUACAAUGAUAUGCAAAAUGCUGGCAUAGUGCAUACAGAGAAUGAGGAAGAGGAUGAUGUACCUGAAAUGAGCAGUAGCUUCACAGCAGAGUCUGGUGACCAAGACGAGCAUAACGUGCAUAUCGUGAGAGAGGCAGCCCCACCGUCUGUGAUUGAUAGCCACACCAACGUUCCCACCACGGAACCGUCUCAGAACCUCCCUCAAUACCUACCUCCUUCUGCCGAGGAUAACCUAGGUCCUCUGCCGGAAAACUGGGAGAUGGCCUACACCGAGAACGGAGAAGUCUAUUUUAUAGACCAUAACACAAAAACAACAUCUUGGCUAGAUCCACGGUGCCUGAACAAACAGCAGAAGCCUCUAGAAGAAUGUGAAGAUGAUGAAGAAGGGGUACACACGGAGGAACUGGACAGUGAACUAGAGUUGCCUGCUGGUUGGGAGAAAAUUGAGGAUCCCGUAUACGGUGUCUACUAUGUAGACCACAUCAACCGGAAGACACAGUAUGAAAACCCAGUUCUUGAAGCAAAGAGGAAGAAACAGCUCGAGCAACAGCAACAGCCUCCAGAAGAAUGGACAGAGGAGUGUCCAUCUCUCCCACCACCCGCUGCUCCAAACCAUGUUUCAAACAACCAAGAGGCAGUUCGGGAAGCACCAGUGCAAGGAAAACCUUUUUUUACACGAAACCCUUCUGAGUUGAAAGGCAAGUUCAUCCACACCAAGCUAAGGAAAAGCAGCAGAGGUUUUGGCUUCACUGUCGUUGGAGGGGAUGAGCCAGAUGAAUUUCUCCAAAUCAAAAGUUUGGUGCUUGAUGGCCCUGCAGCAUUGGAUGGCAAAAUGGAAACAGGGGACGUCAUAGUCAGCGUGAACGACACCUGCGUGCUGGGGCACACUCACGCCCAAGUGGUGAAAAUCUUCCAGUCCAUCCCCAUCGGUGCCAGCGUGGACCUCGAACUGUGCCGAGGGUACCCCCUGCCCUUCGACCCCGACGAUCCCAACACGAGCCUGGUCACGUCCGUGGCAAUUUUGGACAAAGAACCGAUCAUUGUGAACGGGCAGGAAAAUUACGACUCCCCGGCGAGCCACAGUAGUAAAACAGGGAAAGUAAAUGGCACAAAGGAGGCGAGGCCCAGCAGCCCGGCUGAGGUCUCCUCCAACGGACCCCAUGGGUACCCCAAUGACACGGUCUCUUUGGCGUCUUCGAUAGCAACACAACCUGAACUCAUAACUGUGCAUAUAGUGAAAGGGCCGAUGGGCUUUGGGUUUACUAUAGCAGACAGUCCCGGUGGGGGCGGCCAAAGAGUGAAACAAAUCGUGGACAGCCCGAGGUGCCGCGGCUUGAAGGAGGGCGACCUCAUAGUAGAGGUCAACAAGAAGAAUGUGCAGAGCCUCACUCACAACCAGGUGGUGGAUAUGCUGAUUGAAUGUCCUAAGGGAAGUGAAGUCACGUUGCUGGUGCAGCGAGGAGGACUGCCGGUCCCAAAGAAGAGCCCAAAGUCGCAACCACUUGAAAGGAAAGACAGCCAAAACAGUUCCCAGCACAGCGUCUCCAGCCACCGCAGCGGGCACACCGCGUCCCCCGUGCACAGCACGCAGGUGCUGCCCGACUACAGCGCCGCGGAGGCACCGCCUGCAGACCAGCCGGACACUUCUGGGCAGAAGAAGCCAGAUCCGUUCAAAAUCUGGGCCCAGUCCAGGAGCAUGUAUGAAAGCCGACCUAUGUCACCUUCGCCUGCAACUGGACUGAGCAAGGGUGAGAGAGAGAGAGAAAUCAAUUCCACGAGUUUUGGAGAAUUUCCAGAUUACCAAGAGCAGGAUAUCUUUCUAUGGAGAAAGGAAACUGGUUUUGGAUUUAGGAUUCUAGGUGGAAAUGAGCCUGGAGAACCUAUUUACAUCGGUCACAUUGUACCGCUGGGUGCUGCUGAUGCUGACGGCCGCCUGAGAUCGGGUGAUGAACUGAUCUGUGUGGAUGGGACGCCUGUUGUCGGGAAAUCACACCAGCUUGUCGUCCAGCUUAUGCAACAGGCAGCCAAACAAGGUCAUGUCAAUCUGACCGUCAGGCGCAAAGUGGUUUACACAGUUCCCAAGGCAGAGAAUGAAGUCCCAUCCCCGGCCUCUUCCCACCACAGCAGCAACCAGCCGGCCUCGCUGACGGAGGAGAAGCGAACGCCGCAGGGCAGCCAGAACUCCCUCAACACCGUCAGCUCGGGCAGCGGCAGCACCAGUGGCAUCGGCAGCGGUGGUGGCGGGGGCAGUGGCGUUGUCAGCACCGUGGUCCAGCCCUACGAUGUGGAAAUCCGCCGCGGCGAGAACGAGGGGUUCGGCUUCGUCAUCGUCUCGUCCGUGAGCCGGCCCGAGGCAGGGACGACGUUCGCGGGAAAUGCAUGUGUGGCCAUGCCUCACAAAAUAGGUCGGAUAAUUGAAGGGAGUCCUGCCGACCGCUGUGGGAAGCUGAAAGUAGGCGACCGGAUCUUGGCCGUCAAUGGGUGCUCCAUCACCAACAAGUCGCAUUCAGACAUCGUCAACCUCAUUAAGGAAGCGGGAAACACCGUCACCCUGCGCAUCAUUCCAGGAGAUGAAUCCUCCAAUGCUACUUUAUUGACCAAUGCAGAAAAAAUUGCUACAAUCACAACCACACAUACUCCUCAGCAAAUACCACAGGAGACCAGCAGGAACAACACCAAACCAAAGCAGGAAUCCCAGUUUGAUUUCAAACCACCCCAAGCAGCACAGCAGGACCAAGACUUCUACACUGUUGAGCUGGAAAGAGGAGCCAAAGGUUUUGGCUUCAGCCUGCGAGGUGGCCGGGAGUAUAACAUGGAUCUGUACGUGUUGCGGCUCGCUGAGGAUGGUCCAGCUGAGAGAUGUGGGAAAAUGAGGAUCGGUGAUGAAAUCUUAGAGAUCAAUGGAGAAACCACCAAGAACAUGAAGCACGCUCGGGCCAUCGAACUGAUUAAAAAUGGUGGCCGCAAGGUCCGCCUGUUUCUGAAACGUGGAGAUGGCUCAGUCCCAGAAUAUGACCCCAGCAGUGACAGGAACAGUCCCGCCACAGGUUCACAAAAUGUAUCGGAAAUGAAACCCGUGCCAUCCGACCGACGGCAGCACCCAUCAUCGGAGUCCAGUUAUCCACCAGACCUUCACAAAUCAUCACAACAUGGGGACAAGCGGACUUACGUUAGAGACCUAAAAGGCAGCAGAGAGUUUAGCAGACAUCCCAAUGAACACCACACUUGGAAUGGGACUUCUAAAACCAACGACCACGUGCCAGGCAGGAGGACGGAGAGGUCGCCGGAGAGGAGGCACGAGAGGCAGCCGGAGAGGGCAGUGGUGAACGGGCAGAAGAGGAGGUCUCCCGAAAAGCGGAGGGAAGGGACAAGGAGUGCCGACAACACUUUGGAGAGGCGGGAGCGACAUGAGAGGAGGAGGGACCUCUCCCCUGAGAGGCGCAGAGAGCGGUCGCCCGGCCGCCGGCGGCGGUCGCUGGAGAGACUCACGGAGCCGAGGAGGUCACCCGAGCGGAGAAGAGAGAACUCCCUCGACCGGCGGGCCAAGUCCUCUGACCGGCGGAGGGAAAGGUCGCCCGACAGACGGCUCAGGGAGGAACGACUCGGCCACCGGGAGAGGGAAGAGCCCAGCUGGAAGCACGAGCCGAGCCGCAGGCACCCACCCGAGCAGCGCAGGCGGCCCUACAAGGAGUGCAGCACCGACCUCAGCAUCUGAGGGGCUCCCCGGGGUCCCUGUCGCCUUCCCCACACCAUGGGAGCAGAGGAGAGAGUGCGGGAGCUGAGACCAUCUGGCUUUCGCAGACGAGGAGACAUCCGGCACCUGCUGAUCCUACAAACCUUUUAUGCAGAUGAAAUCUUAUAACAAAAAAAAAAAAAGUGUUGUGCCUGAUGUAUAAUAUUAAAGAAAGUAUUUUUCAGUGUAUUCUUUUUUUUUUAAUUACUUGCCAAAUGUUGGUCCUAAAGGAUUAUAAAAUUUUGUUUCUACAUUCUUUGUAGAUUUCUUAAAAAUGAAUUCCUUUAUUGGGCUACUUUCCCCCCUCCCCAUUACAGUAAGUGGGGGUAGCCGGUAAUAUAAUAUAGGCAAAGGAUUUUAUGACCAAGUUUGAAUAAUUUGAUCCAGACUGUUCUCUAGUGACUCACUGCUACACUGUAUGUAGAAAAUUUUUUAAGGGUUGGGGGUGGGGAAGGAAGAAAAUUGUUCAUCUCAGUAGGAAUGGAGCGCUCCUGCUGAAGGAAUUAAAACAGAAAGAGACAAAUGUUCCUAAAAUUGCAAGAACUGUUUGAAGAGACUACUGUUUCAAUGAAGGAUAUUUAUAAUAAUAAUAAAUAAUAAAAAAAAAAUAAAUGCAAACCCACACAGCACAAGAUGAUUUACGAUGAGGAAUUUCUAGUUUGUUCCAUGAACAGUUUAUACUUUCAGGCCCCCUUGACAGAAUGCACAGAGGCAGAAGGACUGGUCACCACCAUGCCUGUGUCACACGCUGAUAUAGACUGUUGAUCUCUCAUUAGCCUCAGCAACACGUAACGAUAUGUCAUUAAGGCAGCCGCUGCAGCCCUGCUCAUCUUCUAGCUGUAUAUGGACAGCAACCCCAGCAUGCAUGGUAUUGUGUGUCUGCUUGGAAGCAAGGGAAGGGAUCGGGAUUCUGGGACAAGGCACAAUGCGGUGGGAGCUCAGUCCUCCCUCUGGGAGUAGGUGUAUUCCUUCUGCUCAGGCAAAAACCAGUGGGCUUUUCUUAAUUUUGCCAAAUUCCAAAAGCUCUCUCUUCUUAUCACUCUGUAUUUAGGGGUUUUUUUUGUUUUACUGGUUCAUCCUUACUGAGACAAAAGGAGUGCACUUGCUGAAAAGAAAAAAAAAAAAGAAAAAAGAAAAAAUCAAAGUUAAAACACAGGCAAAAAGAGGCAAUCAGUGGGACAACCUGGUUGUAGAAGCCUAUCUGUACUGGUUGUAUGCUGUAAAUUUGAGUCUAAGAACAGCAGCAAAAGGGAAACCUGCAAGUUUCUAAGUUGUAUUUUUAAAUUUGCAAGUUGUGUGGUAAGUCUGCUGUAGCAUUGGUAUAAGAUGUAAUGGAUUACUGCCUAGCUGAGCCAAAAUGUUUGCCGUUACUGUUGGACCACUAAAGUAAACUGCUGCUUUUUACAGUGCAUUGGUGUGUACAUGUAUACUGACUCACAUCCUCCAUAUGAACACAAAACCAUUGCAAGUCUAUCACUGUUGUUGCCAUGGUACUGUAAAAACAAAACCAAGAAAGAAGAUGGCCGAUCAUUGUGUGUACAGUUUAAAUUGUAAUUAAUAGAGCCUGUUGGAAAAAAAAACAAAACUGUUGCCUUUUUCUUGUAUAAAAGAGGAUUUAUGACAAAAUUUAGCUGUGAGGAAUGUGAUUAAGUGUUUAUAUUUCUGAAAAUGGAACAAAUUGAUUCAGGGAAUAUAUUUUAAUGUAAACUGAAUCAGGUAUGUAAAGCGGUUUUAAAAGGGGAGACUGUGUAAGUAAUUCUAAAGCUUUUGUUGGUUUGAAUAUCAUUUCUUCCUUCAUGGUGGGCCUGCUUAUGUAUUAUUAAGCACUUGUAUGCAGUCUAUAUUCUCCAGUCAUCAUUUCUUGCAACGUGCUAUAGACAUAAUGCUCUUUCUGUGUUGAUGAAAAGCAGUAUGUGGGCCAAUCUUUUUUAUAAAACACUAUGCAUAUAUAAAUACUACAUUGUUCAUAGCUUUAUUUGACUUAAUUGGGUUUAUACAUAACACUAGUAUGAGUAGAUGUGGACUUACCCAGUACGAGCUUCUUUCCUUGGAACAGACACUAUGUAUAUGAUGUAGCAACAAAGAAGGAGAAAGUCUGUGAAUGCUAUUUUUAUUAUCAAAUAAAGUUUUCCAUACAAAGCAUGCAUGCGAGUGUAGUGAUAAAGGAGGAACUACACCUUAAUUCUACUUGCUCAUCCCUUUCUAAAUUAGUAAACUGUAGGUCACAGUUGCCAAAGGCCAUCCAUUAAAAAUGUAUUAAUCAUCUAUUAAAUAUGUAUUAAUCAUUUGACAGGCCUUAAAGCAAAGGUUCCCGGUUUUCCAGUAUAAAGUUUCCUUCCCCAAAAUAGUCAGAAACUAAAGUUUCAGGAGAGGCAGGGCUUUUAACUAUGUCUGAGGUUAAUAUCAUUGAUUCUUCUUAGCACAUCGGCAUGUGUGACCAUGUAAAAUCAAGACAAGGAGCAACUACUCAGUUGCUGUUGUUGAAACUUAGUACCAUAUAUAUGUAUGUGUGUGUGUGUGUUUAUAUGUGUGUGGUUUUAUUUACAUACACAUACAUGCAUAUAAAUACACACCACCAAGACUCUGUCUCUCCCAUCUCUUAGUUCUUAAAAUGUAGAAAGACUUUUAAGGUUGAAAACCUGUUAAUUUUACAUAGAUUUUAAAAAUAACUUCUAAAUCUUG